AUGUAUCCUGCGGACAAGAUCUUCAAGAAUAUGGAAACGCCUCCCAGUGCCUCGAGUUCUUCGUCGUCGUCGUCCGCCCCUCGAACCGCAUCUGGAGCCGGAGCACCGACUGGCAGACAUCAAGGAUCUGGAGAAGGGUCUUCUGGAAGCCAGAGCAACCCGAGCGGAAGCACUUCAGGCCGCUUUCCGAAACGGACGAACGUGGCAGACUCGGAAGGACCGGACUCGAAGAAACGACUUCAGGACACCGUCGCCGACUCGUUCCAGCCUUUCAAUCGAAUCAAAGUGCAGCUGAACAUGUUCAAACUCGACAUCUCCGGAAUGGACGCUGUGAUCCACAAGAUUCGUUUCGAUGUCGCGAUCAUGUUCCGGGACGGUAAGAAGCACCAUCUCAAGGACAAAAAUCCAGCCCUUUUGGGAGAGUACGUUUCCGAAGAAUUGUGAUUUCAGUUAUUUAAUGCCUUUUUCAGCGGGAACCGACAGAUUCGGCGACGUGCUCAAUGGAUGCUGUUCAAGACGUGGUUCAAAAAGAACCCGCGGAUUUUCAAAGGAAAAACGGAUCCGUCGGUGGCGGCGUACGACUGCGCCGAGACGAUCUACGUCGGCACGUCAAAUUACGCGGGCAUUGUGCCGAAGCACGAAUGCAUGUUCACGGAGAGCGAUUUCAGUCCGGAGGAGUGGGCGGUCGUGGUUCGUAUCUCUCGAAGCAAGAGCCCGAGGUUCGCCAUCGAGAUCGAGUCGCGACCCGAUAAAGUUGGUGUUUUUAACAAUUUAAUAGGGGGAAAAGUAAUUUGAAAUACCGCCGUCAGAUAAGUAACGACUCGAAAGCGUUGUGGUGUCACACAGUAUGAAUACCUCGUGUUUCGCAAUGCAGCGACGUCGUGAAGGUUCGAAAAAAUGAUAGAAUUGAAGCGGAAACUUUAUUUUUGCCAUGUUCCGAAUUUAUUUUCAGCAAAAUGCAACUUUUUCGCAUCAGUUUCCGGACAAAAUUAGUGUAGGAAAGGAAAAAGCACAUGAUUUCAAGCAUUAUGAGCGUUCGAACAGCGCAAAUGACUCAAAUUCAAGCGUUCUCAGCACAGAACUCGAAUGCCAGCAAAGCGUCUCUUUUGCAGGUGUACACUCGUGGACCGCAGGCGCUCACCGAAGCUAACCGAUCCGAGCUCACCCGUUGCAUCGAGACGGUCACCAAUCAAAUUUUGCACGACGGAAACUUCCUCCUCUACUCGACGGCAAUCUUUCCGGAAUCCCAUCCGGCAUCGAGCGGCCGUCCUGAGGACCACGAUAUCGUUUCGGAAAUCAGAAUCGGCUUCAACAAGGUGACGAGAGUGGUGCCGAGCGACAACGAAGUGCCGGACGUCUUCAUGACCAUCGAGAUUGGCAGAUCCGUGUUUUACAAGCCGAUUUCCCUACUGCAAUUUGUUUGCGACAAACGAGACGACAUCGUCGCGAUUAACAAAAGUCAUUAUGGUACUGGUAGAGGUGGCGGUGGAGGUCACGGUGGAGGAGCUGGUCGAGGAAGUGGAGAAGAUCGGAGAAGCGGAGAAAGUUGGCGCGGUAGUGAUGGCAGACGAAGUGGAGAAGAUCGAAGAAGAAGCGGAGAAAGUUUGCCCAGUGCUGAAGGCGGACGCAGUGGAGAAGGUCGAAGAAGCGGAGAAAGUAUUCGCAGGGCUGAAGGCGGACGCAGUGGAGAAGGUCGAAGAAGCGGAGAAAGUUUGCCCAGGGCUGAAGGCGGACGCAGUGGAGAAGGUCGAAGAAGCGGAGAAAGUUUGCCCAGGGCUGAAGGCGGACGCAGUGGAGAAGGUCGAAGAAGCGGAGAAAGUUUGCCCAGGGCUGAAGGCGGACGCAGUGGAGAAGGUCGAAGAAGCGGAGAAAGUUUGCCCAGGGCUGAAGGCGGACGCAGUGGAGAAGGUCGAAGAAGAGGAGACGGUGGAGAGGCUGCCGGAACCUUGGAGAAUUCUGAAGAAUUCCGUGAGUUGGAUAGAACGUUCCAAAAUGACACACACGAUUGGUUUGUCGAGAAGCUGAGCAACGUGAUGCAAUGGAUAGAAGUGGUGCCGAAGCAUUUGAAUCAAACAGUCAACAGAAACCAAAAGAUUAGCGGUCUUUCUAAAACAAAUGCGCUUACGUAAGUGGUCUCGGUUGUUGACGGGAUGCAGCGAAAUUCCUUUGUAGCCGAUUUUGUUAUUUUAGCCGAAUGGCGGUAUCCAGUCGCCGUGUAACCCAGAAGAAAACUAACAGAUGUUACUCAUCAGCUUGUCUGUAAAGGCUGAAAUCAAAACGCAACUGUUUUUGAUUAUCACGAUCAUUUCCUUGUUUUUGUCACUAAGCUUACUAUGCAUUAGCUACGGGUUUUUUUGCUUCGAUAUAGUCCCCGGCUAGAAACACAUUUUUUAAUCUGGGGCGCAUCCUGUAUUGCACACAAUAUUGUUUAUGUACAUAAUAGUGAUUGUUUUCUUACAGGACGUUAUUCGAACUAAAGAAAAACCCAGACGACAAAAACGGUGAGCCUAUCAGCGUGAACGACUACUUCCAAGAAAAGCAUACGUUACCCAUCAAAUAUCCGAACCUUCCACUUGUGACCACGAAAAGCCUCAAGCACAUUGAAUUCUUCCCGAUCGAAGUGCUCCACAUCGCACCGCACCAACGAAUCAAGAACGAGCAUAUGCCGGCAGAAGUUCGGUCGCACAUGACGGGAAAGAAUUCCACUCUUCCCUCGGAGCACGUGCGACAGAUUCAACAAAUCCUUAGAAAUUCGCUCAAAAUGGCGAAUAAUGGUCAUCUGGCGGCGUUCCGAAUCAAGAUGCCGUCAUUCCAUCCGAUAAAGCCGGUGGCAAAUAUUCUGGCGCCUCCGCUGAUCAAGUUUGCCAAUCAUGGAACGCACAUUCCCAUUCCGAACUUUGGUUGCGCGUUCAAUAAGACCUAUGAAAAAUUUGUUGCUCCCGCUAACAUCAAAACAAUUGCAUUCCUCAUUACGAACGCCAAUUUCAGAUCUGUUGAGUGAGUUUUUAUUUCAGAAUCGGUCUAACAAGACUUGAACCUAUUUUCUUAUAGGGAGUUGAUGAAAAAUAUCGAGCAAUAUUGUAAGGAACAGAGAAUUAAGGUCGAACGCCGGCGGCAAGACUGGAGAGUUUUUCACUGUACGGAGAACGACACACUUCGCCUAAGGGAAAUUAUUGACGAAUGCAUCAAGGACAAAGCUGACAUUUUGUUCGUCAUCGCUAAGGAUAAGCAUCCUUUUUCGCACGGUAUGUUAUUCAAAAAACUGCAGACACGGAGCAUCAGUUUUCAGUAAUUCUUGAUAAUUUCCGCUGUUCGAACGCUCAAAAUGCUUGCAUUUAAAUACGUGCUUUUUUUAAAAAUAAUUUCCGACAAUGAUUCAGUCUGAAAACUGCUCAGUUCGGCCGCAAUGACAAUUUCGAUACAAAAAUAGCGAGAAAGUCGUGAAAUCGUGAAUGUUUUGCGAAAAGCGCGUCUCAGUACAUGUUACGCUCUUUUUUAUUAACUAUCACUCGAGUACUCCUCUUUUGACAAAAUCAAAACGUGAAUUUACAGAUUAUCUGAAAUAUUACGAGGAAAAGCUCGGACAACAGACUAUCCAAGUGUGUACGAAUACGGCCAACAAUAUGAUAGGGGAUAGAGCUCUGUCAGGUCAGAGCUUCAAAAAUGUGAUGAGGAAAUUCAAUUGCAAAACGGGCGGCACAAAUUUCCACAUUGACGUGACGCAAUCGGUAGACGGAAAGGUUAUUUGCCCGCAUACGCAAAGGUGAGUCAAUUGAGUGCGCCACGAGUAACCAACUGGUUUUUUCGACUUUCAGUAUGCACAUGAAACUUUACGCCAACACACAAUUCAUUGGUUUCGAGCUGAGUCACAGUGGCGCGAGAACUCAAUUCCAGAUCCAGCAAGAAAUUCACCGUCCCGAGCCGACUGUGGUCGGAGUCGCGUAUUCGUUAAAAAACUCCACACAGCUGGGCGGUUUCUCUUACUAUCAAAAGCCUAGAGUGGCGAAUCUGACGUGAGUGCUCACAGGUGACUCUACGAAAAACGAGAACUCUUUUCCAGGGAGUUGAGCGAGAAUUUCCCCACUUGUCUGGAAGCGUAUCGGGAAAGUACUACAUGCCUUCCGAAAACCAUUGUCAUUUAUCGAUCCGGACUGGGUGAGGGUGAUUUCAAGGAGAUCAUUAGCGAACUGAACGACAUGAAGAAGGCGGCGGCGAAAAAGAAGUCCGGAUACGAACCGAAAUUCGUUUUGAUUGUCGCCCAACGACGUUCGCACGUUCGAAUGUUUCCGGAAAAGAUUGACGGAUCCUCGGCAAAGGAGCAGAACGUCGUAUCGGGAACAUGCGUUGACUACUCAUCAGGACACGGACUCGACGAGUUCAUUAUGAGUUCGCAAAUUCCGCUGAUCGUGAGUUUACAAUGGACACAUUUCAAAAUGCUCUUUCUGCUGUUUGCACAUUCCACGUUGUUCCAAAGACUACGCGGCCGAACUCUGAAAUCAUUCAAAUUUUCCCGCCGUUUUUGCAAUUGACUGCGUAGCGACCUAGUCGCCUUUUUUCAAUUGAAAUUCAAAACUUGGCAUGGCGCCAACCGCGUCUGAUUUCUAUGGAGUGCGCCUGCUAACGUACCGCUGUGAAUUCUCAAUUUUUCGACGACAAUUUAGCUCUCAUGCAUACAUACAUUUCAUUGGUUUUCAGGGUACAAUCCGUCCGACACGCUACACAGUGCUUGUAAACGAGUCGAAGUGGUCGAAAAACGAAAUAAUGAAUGCGACGUAUCAACUCGCGUUCGGACACCAGGUUUCCUACCAGCCGCCCGCCAUCCCCAAUGUGUUGUACGCGGCGAAGAAUCUUGCGAAACGAGGAAAAAACAAUUUGCGCACACACGUGUGAGUAAUAGCAAAUGAAGUCGCGCGAGAUGGCGAAAAUCAUUUUUUCAGAGAUCUGCAAGAAUUUCAAGAAGGUGUCAAAGAGAUCUGCGCAAGGUAUGCAGAUUCGAUUGGCGAGAUCACGAAGGAGGAGUUUGAAAAGAUGCUCGUCAAUGAGAUUUCGGCGUCGGUCAACGAGAAGACGAAAAAAUCUCGCAACUUUUGGGCAUGA